UUUCUCUGUGUAGUUCUGGCUGUCAUGGAACUCUGUAGACCUGGGCAGGAGUUGGGGAUUUCUUGACGCUGUCUUUGUUCCUGUUCUGGCUGUCACAUCUCUUCUCUCAGUGUGCCCCUGAAUUGUCAUGGACUGGGCAUAACUCUACUCAGCUCUAGGCUGCACACCUCAGGUCCACAGGCAGCAGAGAGUUGUCUGUGGGCCCACAGUUGCUUGAGUGUUAUGUGUUCCUCUGUCCUGUGGAUUUAUAUGCCGUGACCUAAAACCCAGGUGUGCAUAGAUAUUUAUUCUGUUAAAGUUGAACUGUGGUGUCUCCUGCUUCCUCAAGGCAGUAAGAGAUGGCAGACAUGGUUAGUGGUGGGCUUUUCUGGAAAGGUCUCUGUGUCUGUCUUUUGGGCAGCUCUGGACACAAUGGUAGUGGCUUUAGUGUCAGUUGAACACAUCUUAGGGUGUCCUGCAGAAAUGGAGCAUCUGAGUGUCCAUUGGAUACUUAACCGCCUCCUGUGGUUUGCUGCCUCUGUGAGGCAAGCAGUCUCCACAUUUGUGGGUGCAGAGAACCCAAACCCAGGAGGUUGGGCGACUGAACCCUGAGAUUGCAGCUGCAGGAGGCCCCAGCUGAACUGACCCCAGGCAAUCAGGCUGCCUGCAAGCACAGGGACAAACCCUGUGUCUGAGAUGCAUCCUGUCCUUGUUCCCGGUCUUUGUGUCUGCUUCCUCCCCUGAGCUCUGUCUCUAUGCUCCAAGGCCCGGUGGUGCCCCCUGGCUCAUCCCCCUGUGUGGGAGGGAGCCUGGGAGCCUUUGGGUUUCCUCAACUCAAGACCUGUUCCUGGAGGAUGUAACCCUUAAAGGAUUGAGGGAGACACUGCUGGGCAGGCAGAAGGUCUGGGCAUAGGACUGGGAGUGCUAGAAUAGCAAGAGGCACGAGAGAGGUGAGCAGGGUGAGCUAGGGCUGUGGGCCAACUAAGAGGAACAAGAUAGACCGUGGAUGUGGGGACACACCUUUCUCUCUGCCUAGCAUCGGCUGGCACUUGUUUCCACCCUAGCUUUCUAGAGGGAACCCACAUCUCGGUGUUCCCUGCAGGGUGUCCCACUGCACGGCAUGGAGACCUGUGGCUGCGAGGCUCCCGAGGGUUCGCCUUGGACCACGAUGGGGCCAGGCCGCGGCCUCCUAACUGGACUGAGGUGUGCGGCCCGCGAGCCUGGCCGCCCGCUGCUGGUGUCUCAAAGCACUCCCGCCCCUCCCCUGGCCCAGCGCGGGCCCCGUGCCCGCCAUGAACGGCCUGUCGGUGAGCGAGCUCUGCUGCCUCUUCUGCUGCCCGCCCUGCCCGGGCCGCAUCGCUGCCAAGCUCGCCUUCCUGCCUCCUGAGCCCACCUACUCACUGGUACCCGAACCAGAGCCUGGGCCCGGUGGGGCCGGCGCAGCCCCCUCGGGUCCCCUGCGGACCUCAGCCGUCACCCCCGGGCGCUGGAAGAUCCACCUGACAGAGCGUGCUGACUUCCAGUACGGCCAGCGCGAGCUGGACACCAUCGAGGUUUUCCUGACCAAGAGCGCGCGCGCCAACCGCAUUGCCUGCAUGUAUGUGCGCUGCGUUCCCGGUGCCAGGUACACGGUUCUCUUCUCGCACGGCAACGCGGUGGAUCUGGGCCAGAUGUGCAGCUUCUACGUGGGCCUGGGCACGCGCAUCGGCUGCAACAUCUUCUCCUAUGACUACUCGGGCUACGGCAUCAGCUCUGGCCGGCCCUCGGAGAAGAAUCUCUAUGCUGACAUUGAUGCCGCCUGGCAGGCCCUUCGCACCAGGUACGGCAUCAGCCCCGACAGCAUCAUCCUUUAUGGCCAGAGCAUUGGCACAGUGCCCACGGUGGACCUGGCAUCGCGCUAUGAGUGUGCUGCGGUGGUCCUGCACUCGCCUCUCACCUCAGGCAUGCGGGUGGCCUUCCCUGACACCAAGAAGACCUACUGCUUCGAUGCUUUCCCUAACAUCGAGAAGGUGUCGAAGAUUACGUCACCGGUGCUCAUCAUCCACGGCACGGAGGACGAGGUGAUCGACUUCUCACAUGGGCUGGCACUGUAUGAGCGCUGCCCGAAGGCCGUGGAGCCACUGUGGGUGGAGGGAGCCGGGCACAACGACAUUGAGCUGUACAGUCAGUACCUGGAGCGCCUGCGCCGCUUCAUCUCCCAGGAGCUGCCCAGCCAACGCACCUAGCCAAGCCACAGGGACCUCAGCAGUACAGCCCUCUGCCGGGACUGCAUGUGACCCGGCGCCCAGGACCCUACUCGGCACCCCAUGGGCCAUGAGCCAUGUGCAGGCGACGUGCAAGCAAAGAGAAGGAAAGAGGGAAACUAAUUAAAGGUUUAAGAUUUUAGGGUUA